UCUCUCUGUGUUUGAGAAAUAGAUCAAAAGUACUGAUUGUUUAAAAAUUCUGCAAUGGCAAGAAGCAAGGGGAAUCCUCAAGUUCUGCUUGUGAAGCAUAUUAUCAGAGCAUUUUGUAGGCUUGUCAAAGCCCAUAAAGCAAUUGGGUAUAAUCUUACCCCGAAGAGCAGAAGAUAUUAUGCAUUUGAGGAUGAGAUGAUGGGCAGAUCAUGCAGUGCUCUUCCCCUGGAUGUCCCCAAAGGGCAUUUUGCAGUGUAUGUUGGUAAUGAAAGAAGUCGAUAUAUCAUCCCCACUGAUUACUUGAAUCAUUCUCUCUUCAGGGCAUUGCUGGAGAAAGCUGAGGAAGAGUAUGGGCUUGAUCACCAAAUGGGAUUAACAAUCCCCUGUGAUGAAGUUGCCUUCCAAAGCUUGACAUCACUGUUACAGAAAAAUGAUCCAGCGGUUGGAAAUUUGAGUGUCGAUGAGCUCAUGGAGUUACAUUCCUAGAAAGGCAAAUCUCUCAGAAUGUAGAUCUUGCAGACAAGAAGAGUGAUAAAAUGUCAACUGACCGAGACCAAAAAAAAUAUCUACUCCUAUUAUAUUGAUGGAGUUCAUGCUUUCUGAAACAGCUGAAGGUUGAAACUGAUUGAAAUUUCUGUCUUAAUUAGCCUUGGACCUGAGGGAGUGGAUUUCAUUUCAUCAAAUCAGUUGGGAUUCAUCUCAUUUGAAACCCUAAAAUACAUGGGAUUUUCAAAUCACUCCGGGAAUGGGAGUUUUAGUCAGGCAAGGGAAGCCUCCUCAAAUUGAAAAAAGGCAAUCAUGUUGAGUGUUAUGAUGCAGAAUCUGUUUUUACAUACUUUGAAGCAAUCCAGGUCAUCGUGCAUGCAAUUCUGGGCAUUGUCUAAUUGAUGCCACCCGAUUGCCAUCAAUCACUUUAUCCACUUUACUGUACAAUUUUGUAAAGAUAAAUCACAAA